UCUUUCGCCAUUUCCUUUUUUCUUUCUCCCAACAUAAUCAUUGUUGUCCAAUGAUUGCUAAAUACCACAUUAGUGAUGUUUAUAGGUCAUUUUAGGUUGGGAGGUACUUUGUCUUUUGCUUUUGUUCAUUUUCUAUGUUUUAUAGAGAUUGAAAUACAUUGAAAUGUAUGAUUGUUGACUCGUAUCACACUAAAAUGCAAUAUUAAGAAGACAAGUUAAGGCAAAAAUUAUGUUUGCACAGCUGUCACUUGAUUAGAAUAAAAUAUUGUAGUUUUUCACUCCUAUUCGUAUUUUAUUUAGUUUUAAGAAAACUGUUCAGCAUUGAUGGGAAGAAAAUUCUGAUGCAACGCCGAGAAUGGAGGAAAAUCUUUUUGUCAAAUAGAAGAUACUUUCUCCCCUCUUAUUUUUAUUGGAACGCUAACCUUCUCUUAAAUAACCAACAUUCAACUAGCUCAGGUCAGGCUUAACAUUUUGUCAUUUUUUCCCCCUUUCCUUUAAAACAGUAUUAUAUAAAUAGUUUCACUAUGUUCUAUAACUGUUCAUAUGAUGAUUUGCAUUUCUGACAAAGAGACAAUUGUUCAUAAUUGUUCAACGACUAUUGUCAGUCAAAAGGAAACGUGGUUGUUAAAUCAAGCCGUGAUUUCAGUUAUGGUUUUCACAGCCUAUGAGCACAUUAAGUUCCCAUCAACUUCACAUUACAGUAAGUUUUAUCGUCAAGUAUAUUAUGACUCAUCUGAUGAGAAGUCUGAUUUAUUCAUGUGCACGGUCAUUGGGUUUGGCAAGUACCAUUUUGAUUUCCUAAUGCAAGUAUUUUCUCAUAAUGAAAGUACAACAGUUUAGUGUUUGCUGUUUUCACACGUGACACACGAGAGACUGUGUGACUAGUCUAAAGUUGAUGUUCAAUGUCAUGUCUAGGUUCAAUUUAAUGAUUGAAAUGACUAAUUCACUCAGUUGAUUUGUUUUGUAAUAUGUACAAGAUCAUAAUUCCAGCAGGCCUACAUCAGCCCCUUGCAUACCAUAACCACAUCCUGCCUCUGUAAAAUGUUUUUAUUGUUUAAUCUGCUACUAGAAGUCAGUCUUAAGCUGUUUUUGAACAUUUUGUUCAAGUGCAUUACCCAGAUUGUAUAGGUACUUUUUCUUUUGAUAUGUUUUUAUGUUUCUUCUUGCUGUACUUUUUGCCUGCAUGUCUAAAGUGUUUCUAUUUGAACUGAUAUGCAAAUAUACUAUAUUAUAAAAAUUAUCAUUAGAAAUAGUUGUAGUAAUUUCUGUCAGAAUAUGCCAGAUAGAGAGGUAGAAAACAUGCCAAUGGUGCUAGAGAUAACAGAUAACAGUGAUAGAAAAUAGGACCUGGCAGUUUGUCUGUGGUUUUUAAGAAUGUGACGCAAGAUAGUAUGUCUAGAAGUAUUGAGCUUGCCAGCCAGACACACAAAGAGCAAGCAGCUGAGAGACUUACCUUUGAUCACAAAAUGGAGACGUAUGACAGUGACAAGUACUUCUACAGCGAUGACAUGCUGUACAAUGUCAGCUACGAUCUAACCUACCUUGGGGAGCGCUCCAGCUCCAGUCUUCCCUAUUCUCACAUCUACCUGCCACUGCUUUAUUUCCUCAUGUUUUUCACAGGCUUCCUGGGCAACCUCUUUGUGAUCACAGUCAUGGGCAGCCGGAGGAAGAGAGGCGGCCGUCUGGUGGAUACGUUUGUGGUUAACCUGGCACUUGCGGACCUGGUGUUUGUCCUCACCCUCCCUCUGUGGGCCGUCUCGUCCAGUCAGGAGGGACACUGGCCUUUCGGCAACCUUCUCUGCAAGCUGAGCAGCUACAUUGUCGCCGUCAACCGCUUCUCCAACAUCUUCUUCCUGACCUGCAUGAGCGUGGACCGCCACCUGGCCGUGGUGGGCCUCAUGGACUCACGCUUUCUCCGCAGCAGCCAGUGUGUGCGUCUCAACUGCGCCGUGGUCUGGCUGCUAUCCCUGGCUCUAGGUACCCCCUCCCUGGUGUACCGUAGCACGUAUACUCCCAACGGCAAACUCUUCUGUCUGGAGGAUGAAGAGUCAUCCUUCUUCCUGGGUCUGAGCCUGACCAUGGUCUUCCUGACCUUUGCCCUGCCGGUGCUCAUCAUCAUCCUCUGCUACGGUUCUAUCCUGGCCCACCUGCGCCAACACUGUGUUGCUGCUGGCAACCCUCGCGCAGAAGCCCGACGCCGCCACUCUCUCAAGAUGGUCUUCACCAUAAUCGUGGCCUUUGUGGUGUCUUGGCUUCCCUUCAACAUCUUCAAGACCAUCCUCAUUGGUUUCAGGCUGUCUAGAGCCGAUCUGAGCCUUGAGACCCAGUCUGUCUUGAGUCAGGGCCUCACCCUCUCCUGCUGCUUGGCCUUCCUCAACAGCUGCAUGAACCCAGCCAUCUACCUGUUCCUGGACCACCACUUCAGAGGGCAGGCGGAGAACCAGUUCCUGAGCUGCGUGGGAAAGCUUGGGCUGCACCAAGGCUAUGCCUCAUCCACUGACUUCUACAACGGUACCUCAGAGAGCUGCGGCACAACAGCCUCCAGAACUCGUCUCCAGCCACUUGACCAGGAUGUCUGAUAGCAGGGUUCUGCACCUUUAACAGCCUCUUUGCGGUCCGAAACGCUAAAGGUUGAGGUGAAUCAUUUUGUGUUAUGAUUUUAGGUGUUAUGUAAUUCAAGCUCAGUGAAAGCAUUCUCUGAAAUAUAUUUUGUGUAUAUUAUAGCUUCUCAAAAUAAGUUAUAUUUUACAUAUCUUAAUUGUAUAUUUGAUUAUCAUUGAUAGUUUGAAUUUAGGUUUUAGGUUUUAUUUAUUCACACCAAAGAAAAUAUUUGAAAGACAAAACAGUACAGAUAAAAAACUGGUAAAAACAGUGUGCAAGUGAGGUUGAUUUAUUUAGCUUUCUUUUUUUUUUACGACCAGAUGAAAUAGGAGAGUAUUUUUAUGUCUAAAUAUUAUUUUGAUUAAUAAUUCAUGAGUAGCCUGGUUAUUAUGAUUGUUGACAUUCUUAAAUUCAUA